AUGGCUCAACCACUCGUGAAGAAGGACGAUGACCGCGACGACGAAGGUGCUUAUUUCAUUCUCAUGCUUUUCUCUCUCGCAAUUCGAUCUGCUCUUUGUUUGUGCAAAUGCUCUGCGUCUAGCUCUCUAUUUGUUGCCACUGCGGGAUCACUCUCUCUCGCAUCCAGAUCCAAUGUUCAAUUUCCCUUUCCCAUUGCAAAUGUGGUAGGGUUUGCACAGAUCAUGAUGAUCAUUAAUAAUUCGCAAAUUGCAAUUGCUUCUGAGUAUUCUCCCUUUUUGGGAAUUGAAAAGGGAGCUGUUCUUCAGGAGGCCAGGGUUUUUAAUGACCCGCAAUUAGAUGCUAGGAGAUGUUCACAGGUCGAAGCCACAGAAGUUUUCUUUGCUGUGACUAAGCUUUUCCAGUCUCGAGAUCUUGGGUUAAGGAGAAUGGUCUACCUAAUAAUAAAGGAACUUUCCCCCUCUGCGGAUGAGGUUAUUAUCGUUACAAGCUCCCUCAUGAAGGACAUGAUUAGUAAGACUGAUAUGUACAAGGCUAAUUCUAUUCGUGUCCUUUGUCGCAUCACAGAUGGAACACUCCUCACCCAAAUUGAGCGAUAUCUUAAACAAGGAAUUGUGGAUAAGAAUCCAGUUGUUGCAAGUGCAGCCUUAGUUAGCGGCAUUCAUCUGCUCCAGACAACUCCAGAGAUUGUAAAAAGGUGGAGCAAUGAGGUUCAGGAAGCUGUUCAGUCAAGGGCAGCUCUUGUGCAAUUUCAUGCACUAGCAUUGCUGCAUCAGCACAAUGGUGGCACUAUUACACCAUCAUGGAAUGGCACCCUACCAUUCCUCCAAUGGUGGUUGCAUUGCAUUGUCCCUGGUCAGAGAGGUGCAGAGAGGUUCAUUUUACAGCUAAAAUUGCAGUCUAAACAGAUACGGCAGAAUGAUCGACUAGCUGUUAGCAAGCUGGUUACCAGCUUGACCAGGGGAAAUGUUCGCUCUCCUUUGGCCCAAUGCCUUUUAAUCCGUUAUACAAGUCAGGUAAUUAGGGAGUCAGGAAAUAAUACACAAUCAGGAGACCGCCCCUUCUAUGAUUAUCUUGAGAGUUGCCUUCGUCACAAGUCAGAAAUGGUGAUUUUUGAAGCAGCCAGGGCAAUUACAGAGCUCAAUGGAGUAACUAGCCGAGAAUUAACUCCAGCAAUUACAGUUCUUCAGCUCUUCUUAAGUUCAUCUAAGCCAGUCUUGAGAUUUGCUGCUGUCCGCACCUUGAACAAGGUGGCGAUGACACAUCCAAUGGCAGUCACUAACUGCAAUAUUGACAUGGAAAGUUUAAUCUCUGACCAGAACAGAAGCAUUGCCACACUUGCCAUCACUACUCUACUGAAGACAGGAAAUGAAUCUAGUGUGGACCGUCUUAUGAAGCAGAUUACAAAUUUCAUGUCUGAUAUUGCUGAUGAAUUCAAAAUUGUUGUUGUCGAAGCAAUAAGAUCACUGAUGAAUUUCCUAAGUAAUAUUCUUAGGGAAGAAGGUGGUUUUGAUUACAAGAAAGCAAUUGUAGAUUCAAUUGUGAUUCUUAUUAGAGAUAUCCCUGAUGCCAAGGAAAGUGGGUUGCUUCAUCUUUGUGAGUUUAUUGAAGAUUGUGAAUUCACUUAUUUGUCCACACAGAUUCUGCACUUCUUGGGAGUUGAAGGGCCGAAAACAUCUGACCCCAGCAAAUAUAUUCGUUAUAUUUAUAACAGAGUACAUCUUGAGAAUGCGACUGUUAGGGCCAGUGCUGUUAGCACAAUGGCAAAGUUUGGUGCAGCUGUUGAUGCAUUAAAGCCCCGCAUAUUUGUACUGCUAAGGCGGUGUCUUUUUGACAGUGACGAUGAGGUUCGCGACCGAGCAACACUUUAUUUGAACACACUUGGAGGUGACGGUGGAGUUGUUGAGACAGAUAAAGAUGUGAAAGAUUUCCUCUUUGGGUCAUUUGAUAUCCCACUUGUCAAUCUGGAGACUAGUUUGAAAAACUUUGAGCCUUCAGAAGAGGCUUUUGACAUUAAUUCAGUGCCCAGGGAGGUUAAAUCUCAACCUCUUGCAGAGAAAAAAGCCUCUAGUAAAAAGCCUACCGGUUUGGGUGCUCCUCCUAGUGGUCCCUCAUCUACUACCGAUUCAUAUGCAAGACUGCUUCAAUCCAUUCCCGAGUUUGUAAACUUUGGGAAGCUUUUUAAGUCUUCAGAACCUGUGGAGCUUACUGAAGCGGAGACGGAAUAUGCAGUUAAUGUUGUCAAACACAUUUUUGAUAGGCAUGUCGUGUUUCAAUACAACUGCACAAACACAAUACCAGAACAAUUAUUGGAAGAUGUUAUUGUAAUUGUGGAUGCAUCGGAAGCAGAAGAGUUCUCUGAGGUGUUCUCAAAACCUCUUAGAUCUCUUCCUUAUGAUUCACCUGGCCACAUAUUUGUGGCUUUUGAGAAGCCCGAGGGAUUGCCAGUUGCUGGAAAAUUUUCUAAUGUUCUGAAAUUUAUUGUUAAAGAGGUUGACCCGACCACUGGUGAGGCAGAAGAUGAUGGUGUUGAGGAUGAAUACCAGCUAGAGGAUAUGGAGGUUGUCACAUCAGACUACAUAUUGAAAGUGGGGGUGUCUAAUUUCAGAAGUGCAUGGGAAAGCAUGGGUCCUGACUGUGAGCGCGUGGACGAAUAUGGUCUUGGUCCCAGGGAGAGUUUGGCUGAAGCUGUAAAUGCUGUCGUCAAUCUUCUCGGUAUGCAGCCUUGUGAGGGAACCGAGGUAGUCCCCCCCAAUUCAAGGUCACACACAUGCUUGUUGUCAGGUGUAUUCAUAGGAAAUGUGAAGGUGCUUGUGCGGUUGUCUUUUGGACUUGAUGGUCCAAAGGAUGUUGCGAUGAAACUGUCUGUCAGAUCCGAGGAUGAAACUGUCAGCGACACCAUCCAUGAGAUUGUGGCUAGCGGCUAG